AUGGAUUCUUUGCAGGCUGCGGGCUUGGCUGCUGUCCUUGAUGUCCUCGCCUUCCCUUUGCUCUUCUCCUGCGGCCUGGAAGCUUCCGCACAGCUGGUGGCUGCGGGGCGCCGCUGGCGGACGGCUGGGAAGCUUUUGCCGAAGGUAGCCGAAGCUUUACCCAGAGGUUUGUGCGUGGCGCGCGCGGAUGUGGCGCAGCUGUUGCGUUUGGAGGGUGGUGAGUGGCAUGAAGAAGAGCUCCCCGAGGGGGCACCAACAUAUCUCAACUGCGCAGCAAGCUUCUUCAUGGAGCAGCUCUUUGUUGUGGGUGGUAGCGGCCCAUGGUUCGAGGGCUGCGUGCCCUUCGCUCAAUCCUUGGAGCUCAGCUCCCGUUGCUGGCAGUCGCUCCCAUCCAUGGCUAUUGCCAGGAGCCACUGUGCAGCGGUUGGCGCAGAAGAUUGCUUGCUAGUGCUGGGAGGUCAAGACGGACAUCCGUUGGAUGUGGUGGAGGCUUUGCUCUCACCAGGAGAUAUUGCCAGUUGCAGCUGGGAAUGCAGAAAGCCUUUGCCAGAAGCUCUCAGUGAUUGCAGUGCUUUGUACCAUCCAAGCCUUCAUCGCUUGGUCCUCCUGGGUCACCCCCGCGGAACGUCGGCGCGGCUGCAGAUCAGAGACGCGGCGUGCGGCACGUGGAAGUCGUGGAAGCUGCCUUCCGAGCGGUGGAACCCCGCCCUGGCGCAGUGCUCGAGGUAUUUGUUGGUAAUUGGAGGUCUCUCUCUCGAAGAUGAAGACGUGGGCUCCGUGGACGUGUUUGAUCUUCGGACCAACGCUUGGAGCGAGCUUCGGCUUCCUGAACUUCUACAGCCCCGGAGCUCGGCGAUGGCCUGCGGCACGACGAGUGGUCGUAUUUUCGUGCUGGGAGGGCAACAAGUGGGACCUGUGGAGUACGUGGAGGCGUUGGAUCUCUGGGACUGCGCCUGGCGCCGCUGUGCCGAUCUUCCAGAGCCCUUCGCGUGUUCUGCACUCCUCGUGCGCAAGCUGAUGCUGCCCGUCGCGAUGUUGGAAUCAUAUCCUGGGAAGACGUACGACUUCAUGGCCAUCAUGCAUUUGGUGAAAGGUGAAAACUACCGGAAAUCCUUCCAGGAGACCGGCGACGCUGAAAGCUCUUGUUGGUCCUGUGGCCAGUCGAUUGGUCUCAUCAAGGACAUUCCGAGCUGCCAGGAACUCUUGGAAGGAAUGGUUGCCGAAGCUGAGGACAUCAUCCGCAACCGUUUGCAGUCGAAGCUGUGA